UGAGCCUAGAAAUCGUCCGCUGUCAUACACAAUAUACUCUGUGUUACAGCGAAUCUCACAGUCCAGUCGUCACAGAUGGAGAACAAGAAGAGUAAGGGUAUCUUGGAGCGGCUCAAUGCUGGGGAGGUGGUCGUAGGCGAUGGAGGUUAUGUGAUGCAGCUGGAGCGGCGUGGCUACGUGAAGGCCGGACACUGGACACCUGAGUCUGCCGUUGAACACCCUGAAGCAGUGCGGCAGCUGCACAGGGAGUUUCUGAGAGCAGGAGCUGAUGUCAUUCAGACGUUCACCUUCUACUGCAGUGAGGAUAAACUGGACAUCAGCGGCAAUGUUCCAAACAUCACUGGAGCUCAGAUCAAUGAGGCGGCCUGUGACCUGGCCAGAGAAGUCGCCAAUGAAGGUGAUGCACUGGUCGCUGGCUGUGUGUCCAAGACUCCCUGUUAUGCGACGAGUCGCAGUGAGACUGACGUCAAGGCCAUCUUUAAGAAGCAAAUGGAUGACUUCCUCAAAAAGGACAUUGAUUUCUUGAUUGUAGAGUUUGUUGAUCAUGUGGAGGAGGCUGUGUGGGCAGUGGAGGUGCUGAAGACCAGCGGAAAACCAGUAGGUGCAACACUGUGCAUCUCCCCUCACGGAGACAUGGAGGGAGUCCCACCUGGAGAGUGCGCUGUCAGACUGGUCAGAGCUGGAGCUGACAUUGUUGGGAUAAACUGCCACCUGGAUCCGAUGACUUGUGUUCGUACGGUGAAGCUGAUGAAAGAGGGAUUAGAGAAAGCUGGUCUCAAAGCCCAUCUCAUGAUCCAACCGCUGGGCUUCCACACACCUGAAUGCAACUUAGGUGGAUACAUUAGCCUACCGGAGUACCCCUUUGCGAUGGAGUCCAGAGCAAUGACCCGCUGGGACGUUCAUAAAUAUGUCAGAGAGGCGUACAAUGCAGGAAUUCGCUACAUCGGUGGCUGCUGUGGCUUUGAGCCUUACCACAUUAGAGCUAUAGCAGAGGAGCUGGCAGCAGAGAGAGGGUUUCUUCCUGCAGCCUCAGAGAAACAUGGACCGUGGGGAGCUGCUCUGGAGAUGCACACCAAACCGUGGGUCAGAGCCAGGGCUCGCAGAGAAUACUGGGAAAACCUUUUGCCCGCGUCUGGACGUCCCACUUGCCCGUCCAUGGCCGCACCAGCCGACAAUUAUGGGAAGUAGCUUAUAUCCAAAUUAUUGACAUCAUAACUGUAUAAGACACAGUUUGUUGUCAUCUAAAUGGUUUUGGAUCAGAGUAUCCAGCUUUUUUAAACAAAUAAUGACCUGUUUACCACGUCUUUGUUUACACAAUAAUUUAAGCAAUAAAUGAUUUGUUUUCAA